AAGCUGUAUGAGACUGGUCUCGAACUUGUAGAUGUGGAGUCGCAAGCACGCAUCAGGCGCUUCUACCACAAGAAUGACUCUUAUCGGUGCUUGCUCGGCAGACUGCUGCCUCGACUCGUCCUCAAGCAGUUCGGGAUUUCGCCGAAGAAAGCUACCUUCGGCCGUACCUCGUCCGGAAAACCCUUUAGUAUGUCCAACCUUGAGCAAACGAUUGGAUUCAAUGUCUCUCAUGACAACGAAUACGUCGUCAUGGCCUUCCAGACUCGUGAGUCUUCAAUUGGAACACAUGACCCUGCAGGCGAAGAUGCACCCCAAAAGCACGCGAAGACCGUGGACGUAACUGCUAUCGGUGUCGAUGUCAUGAAGGUCACUCUCCCAAGGUACGAGAAGACGGCGAGCUCAUUCAUACAGAGCAUCUCUGAUACGCUGACCCCACUUGAACUGCGCGCACUAAAGGAAGCCGCCGAGAGCGAUGACGCACUACAGCGCCUCUAUCUGGUCUGGACACUCAAAGAAGCAUACACGAAGGCCCUUGGUCUUGGUCUAGGAUUCGAUUUUAAACGCAUUGAAGUUGACGUGAACGCCCUUCGCGUCUAUGUAGAUGGAAGCGCACCGACCGGUUGGGAGUUCACGGCAUUCACUCUCGAGUCGCAAUCGGGAAACGAGUAU